GUUUUUUUCUUUCCUGCCAACCCUUUCUAGAGUGUCUGCGGGGUUCGGAGCUUCCAGGGUUUUGAAAUUUUAAAGAGAACCCUCGCCACUCCCACUCCACGCACGUGUUAAAAUUCUUAUUUUCCAUCAGAAUCCAGAAUGCGGGGGUAUGACCACCUUUAACCGUUAUUACAUUUAGGUUCUGAAUCGUGUUCAUUUAAGGAUCCCAGUACUUAACCUUUUUUAAUACUGGCGGGAGGACCGGUCGGUGAUCCACCCCCCCACCCCCACACCCCUCCUUUGCAGGGCGGAAGGGAGAAAGAGACAGGCUUUUCUCCUGGUGUCAAUUUCCCCAUGUGUAAAGUAAGGGUUUGGAUGGUAGUUCGCAAAUUUGCCCGUGGCGUACCAGCUUGGGAGGUAGAGGGGUGGGGGAUUUCUUAACAAUUGGGACCUUUGCAGAUGGAGGGCAGGCACUGUGGCUUUUGCAAGCUGGGCAGCUGAUGCUGGUAACUACCCAGGUGUAGGUGGCCUGCCACCAGAUCACCCCAGGGAUCCCUCCAGCUUUAUCAUCCUCUUACUCACUUUCCAGGACAUGGUGUUAAACUUGGAAAUGGAAACUUAAAAACAAGAAGGAGGCCUCUGUGGGACCACUUUGCAUAGCAGGUUUGGGCAUUUGGGACCGAGCCUGGGGCUCCGGCCACUGGCUCCUGGGUCUCUGCUUUGUGGAGACAGGAUGGACAGAUUCCUGGUGAAGGGGGCUGUCGGGGGCCUUUGGGGAAAGAGGGAACAAGAGCAGACUGGAGGCGGCCCAGCAGGGUUGGGAGAAGAGGAGGAAAACAGCAGGAAAAAGCCCAGGAGAGAAGGCCCAGGGAAUGGAGUGGACUCGGCAGGCCUCAGCUGGCGGCGCAUUCGAGCCGAGGGUCUGGACUGCGAUUACACGGUCCUGUUUGCCAAAGCUGAAGCAGAUGCGAUUUUCCAAGAGUUGGAGAAAGAAGUGGAGUAUUUUACAGGUGCGCUGGCCAGGGUCCAGGUGUUUGGCAAGUGGCACAACGUUCCAAGGAAGCAGGCGACGUACGGCGACACUGGGCUGACCUACACCUUUUCAGGCCUUACUCUGUCUCCGAAGCCCUGGGUCCCUGUUCUGGAGCGUGUCCGGGAUCGCGUUUCUCUGGUGACUGGACAGACCUUCAACUUUGUGCUGGUCAACAGGUACAAGGACGGCCAUGACCACAUUGGUGAGCACAGGGAUGACGAGAGAGAGCUGGCUCCCGGGAGCCCCAUCGCCUCCGUCUCCUUUGGGGCCUGCAGAGACUUCUUCUUCCGGCAUAAGGACUCCCGGGGCAAGCAGCCCUCCCGGAGGCUGGGGGUGGUCCGGCUGCAGCUGGCUCACGGAAGCUUACUUAUGAUGAACCACCCGACCAACACUCACUGGUAUCACAGUCUCCCGGUCCGAAAAAAGAUUCUGGCUCCCCGGGUUAAUCUGACAUUUCGGAAAAUCCUACCUACUACAAAGUAAAAACGUUUUUGACAGUUGGUGCUGCUACUUGCUCCUUCCCGCUCUACCCCAAGAGGGAGCUGGCAUUUUCAUUCCCAACAGGGAACGUGGAAAAGGUGUGACCUGAAUGUGGGGCUUAUUCCACGACAAUGCAGAAUUCAGAAAGACGAUGUGUGUAUCAGAUCGGUGAGUUAUGAAAGAAUACCAGUUGACUGAUUUUUUUUUCCUAACAAAAUGAUUAUUUUAUUGCUAUAAUACACAGCAGGUACAAAAGGUACCUUAGCAAAUACAUAAAUCAGCAGUUUGUCGGCAUAAAGGACUAGUUUAACUUAGAUUUUUGCAAAGAAAAGCAAAUCUGUAAAUAAGUUAAAACUGGAAAUAAGAUUAUUUGGCUGCUACUUAAUGCCUGAUAAUUUACAAAAUGACCAAGUCAGCUUUAAGUCAGGUUCAGAGACUUUGCACAGGUAUCAUUCACAUUUACAACCGUAGCUCACUCCCUGACUCUGACCAAAGAUCUGCUUACAACUAAGCGUUCAAAGGAUGAGCCCUGUUGAUGUCAGCAUCUCUCUUUAAUGUCAGAUUUUAAAGAGUAAGCAGUGGCAGAACAGCAGUUGCUCAAAGCUACAGCUCUGCGAGGUCAAAGGCCACACGACUGAGCAUUUGUUCUCCCAGACUCAGGUGUGCUGAGGACGCUCCUUUCAGCGUCAAAGCCAGGGGUCUGUAACAGAGUCAGGAAGGGAUGUCUGCAGCGAGCAGAUCAGAAGCUUCCCGCGGCUCCUUUCUCCCCAGUGUUUGUGGCCUGGGGAACCUUCAGUCUGUUUUCUGGGCAGUGAGAGUUUUGAGUCCCUGGGGUGCACGCCCGCCUGUCAGAGUGGUGAUCACCUGGGCCGCUGGCGCUUCUAGCUGACACCAAGGCAUGGUCUGGAGGUGUCAGCCAGCUCGCCCCCCACCAGGGGAAGCACAGUUCUUAGCCUCACCUUAGGUGACCUUUUGGAUGGGUCUGAUUCCGAAAUGUUAUCUCUGAAGAGUCAGUCUGAAUUUGGUAUCUUUUUAAAAAUUGCUUAAAUAAAAAACCUAGCUAAAACGUC